UUGUAGAUGGCAGGACGAUUUGUUGGCGGAAAGAAUUUGGGUAAACGGUGAAUGGUGAUUUUGCCACCAUUCUUUACUGAGGGCCCCGACGCGCACACACACGAAUAGUCGUGAGGGGCACGACGUAGCGAAAACAUGUGCUUCCCAAAUGACGGUCGCGUGACGCUCUGGCGAUGACGCACAGUCUGGACGGCGGCCGGCGCCUCGCGCCGACGGUCGAGGCAAAAACAAAAAGAAUACAGCGCCAGCAAGCUCAGUGCUCCUUCGGCACCCCCUCGGCACGUUGCAGUCUGACGAGAACGACCGCGCCACUGGCAGCGCGCAUCGCACUCCUUCCUCUGGCAACACCGACCGCACCGUCGAAGCCGCCGCCACAGACCAACAAACUCUGUGCAGCCGCCGCUGCUUGUCCGGCUUCGGGGUGUUGAAUUUUUCAUUCAUGCCGCGGCGGUCCGGCAUUCGUGUAACCUGAAAGCACGCGCGGCGAAGAAAGAAGCGAAGACGUUCCCAUUUCUUCUCUUCUUUCGUGGCGGGUGCUGGUGCGGAUGCGUGCACGGGUGUGGUGGUGCAGUACACCGGCGCACCAAGUGAAUUUCCUGCCUCCGUGCGUGUUGUGUUGUGCGCGCGGUGUGGUGGUGCGUGGUCCAUUCGCACGCUCGAGUCUCGUCGGUCGGACGACGUCGUGGUCGUCUUCGCGUUGGAACAGCCUCCGCCGCGACGAUCAUGAAUUCUUGCAGCGGCUAGUGGUUUGAAGGGAAGGCCGACGCGACGCCGGUUUCGUUCGCUUGCCCAAGCGCCCGUUCGUCCCCCCCUUCCACCGGAGAAUGUCCGCUGAGGCUCCUUCGAAUGAGAGGAGCGUGAAAGAAUCUGCCGAAACCCCUCCAGCCGGAACCACCGCGAUGCCGACACCCGUCACUGGUGCCGCUGCCUCGACGGGAGCUGCGGCCGCGUUGUCCAAGGAUGGUGGCGAGGAGUCCAAGCAGCCUGCCAAGAUGUGUGCCAAUGAUUUCAUCUUUGGCAAGCUCAUUGGCGAAGGCUCAUUCUCCAUGGUGUACCUGGCCAAGGAAAUUCGUACCAAUAAGGAAUAUGCAAUCAAGGUGUGCUACAAGCAGCACAUCAUCCGCGAGAAGAAGCAGCGGGCCAUCAUGCGCGAGAAGCAGAUCCUCCGGAUACUCAGCGCUCGGCCGCACCCGUUCUUCAUUCGCCUUCACUCCACGUUCCACGAUGCAAACAAACUCUAUUUUGUGGUCACCUAUGCAAAAAAUGGGGAGCUCCUUCCGCACAUUGUCAAGUAUGGGUCGUUUGAUGUCGACGUGACGCGAUUCUACACGGCCGAGAUCAUCUCGGCAUUAGAGCACCUUCAUUCUUUAGGCAUUGUGCACAGGGACCUUAAGCCAGAGAAUAUUCUCCUGGAUGAACGAAUGCACAUUCAGAUCACAGAUUUUGGCUCUGCUAAGAUUAUUUCGAGGGAGUUCUGUGAUGAGGUGGACAUUGGGGAGAUCGAGCUCAAUGGUCACAACUCGUUCGUUGGUACGGCACAGUAUGUCUCCCCGGAGAUGCUCUCGGACAAAAGCUGUUCACCCAGCACCGACCUCUGGGCUCUGGGAUGCAUUGUCUACCAGAUGAUUUCCGGCCUGCCUCCAUUUCGAGCAUCGAACGAGUAUUUAACGUUCCAGAAGAUUCUGAAGUUGAAGUACGAGUUUCCCGAUGGCUUCAACCCUGUGGUUAGAGACCUUGUAGAGAACCUCCUGGUGCUCGACCCCAACCAGAGGUUGGGUGCAGCGACUACGGGUGGUUACCCGACACUCAAGCAACACGAGUUCUUCACCGAGGUCCGGUGGGAGAAGCUGCCCGAGAUGGACCCGCCCAAGAUGCUCCCAUUCCUCCCCGGCACGUCGAGCAACGAAGAGCUGCGCUCCCACUACUGCGUCCCAGACGACUUGGAGCCUGGCCUCGACGACAAGCAGAUGACGCGCCUCUUGGGCCUCGCCUUCGACGACGACACACCUGUGUCUUCGCCGACCGUGGCUCCCCAACAACCACUGCAGCAGCAACAGCAGCCACAACAACAACAACAGCAGCAACAACGAACACAGCCGCAGCAGCGCAUUUCUCGGACGCAGCUGCACAUUCUGGACUUCGGCCCCGAGGAGCACAGCCGGCGGCUCCAGAAGCAGUCCGAGUCGAAUCCGUACCACAAGUUUGUCCAUGGCAACCUCAUCCUCAAGCAGGGUCUCGUCGACAAGCGCAAGGGCCUGUUCGCUCGUCGGCGGAUGCUGCUGCUGACGACGGGGCCCCACCUAUACUAUGUGGACCCCCAGGCGAUGGUACUCAAGGGCGAGAUACCCUGGUCCACCGAGCUCAGGCCCGAGCCCAAGAACUUCAAGACUUUCUUCGUACACACGCCCAACCGAACCUACUACCUAGAAGACCCCGAAGGCUACGCCCUGGCUUGGUGCAAGGCCAUCGAGGAAGUACGCAAGGCCACCUACAACCAAGCCGACGAUGCGUCCUAAUGAUGGCUUUAGCCGGCUCUCUCCCUGGCUGUCCGUUGGCUCGUGCCUGCUUCCUCCUCUCGAGUGGCCAUGGAGAGGAUUCACCACUUCGACAUCGCUGUUUGCCAGCUCUUUUCGACGAGUGCGUCCUGAGGUGUGGACUGGAGUGUACAGUGCCUGCUGAUGACUGCGAUCGGGGACAGGCGAACCAUUUCCAGGACUCUUAAAUAAGCCUUCUAAACAUUUUUUCUGUAGGAGCAAAAAUUGGGACAGUUCCUUUAUAUAUGUACCCUUGCUUUGCCUCAUGGAAACGUGUGGGAGUUCAGCUGAACGACGAUGUUGCUUCAUCCAAACAUUGCGCCCUGGAAAUUGUGUUACCCUGGGAAUAGUUCUUGGCACAAGAGGUUUUGAUAGAGGCUACUCAUGAGGUCAUUGAACUGUUUUCUGAGCUCUAUAAACCUUCGAAGUGUUUUUCUGUUGAAGCAAGAAUUAGAACAACUUCUCUUUUACAAAUACUUGCUUUGACAACGUUUGGUAGCAUUCGGGAGCUUAGCUGAAUAGCAACGUUGCUUUGGCUGAACGUUACUCCUUGUAAAUGUAGUUCCCUUGGGAACUGUUGCAUGCAUUAAGGGUUUCCUUGCUAGAGGCUAUAACGUGGUCUACUUCUGGCAACACAAAGCUGAAGCAAGCUUAAAUUCUUCAUUACUUCCCCUCUGUUACAAUCAUCACUUCACCUGCAACUACGCAGGUAUGCGUUACUUUGUUUAUUGAAACGUACGAGCAAAAAUUGUAUUCUUGUGGACACUUUUGCGAUGUAAAAAAAAAAAAUUCAAGCGACGUCUUUUGCCACUUUCGUUCUAAGAAAUAUGCGACAGAAGGGUGUGAUGUAUCCUUUUCAUAACUUAUAAGAGAAGUUAGCUUGUAUUAAUUUAUACCGUCAGAUGUGGCUACACUUUUGCAAUGCGCUACCUUGCUUAUUUCCUUAUGUGUCUGCUAUGUUUUCAGGUGCAUGCUAUUGUAUAUCGCCACUUAGAAAUCGCGGCACUUUCUUUUUAUGUCAUGGUGUAUGUAUCCCUAUUUAACUUAGCAGUUUGCAUGGCAUAGCUUGACACCUAGUAUUUAAAUUUUUUUCUUAAAUGUCAAGCUGAAAGUGGCAGUUAAGGUUGGAUAGAAUUAAUACAAGCGCAAGGAAUGGCUAAUAAUAUUUGUGACAAAUAAGGAGAUUGCUGUCUGCGUAGAAUAAAUCAGUGGCUGCUAAAGCAUCAUAUAAGUUUGCAUGUGAAAUGGCAAACAAUAAUAGCACAACAUGCCAUUACAAACUUACAUUUGAAGAAAACUAUUUGAGUACAAACAACAUAUAACAAGAUCACAGUCUUAGUUGAUUAUGUAAUGGCAUGCUAAGGCAUGAUAGAAGUUUGCACGUGGAAUGGCAAAUGACACUUGUACGAUGUGUCAUUGAGAAGCGGAACAUGAGGCACUAUCAAGUGCAAAUAGCGUGCAACCAGAUCACAGUCUAGGUAGAAUAAAGAAUUGUGUGAUAACCUUAAGAGUGAUUGUCCCACAUAGUGAUGCUAAAAAAUAGAUGGUAUAUCAUUGUCUCAUGAUAACAUAGUACCGUGUGACUUGGGGCUAGCUGAGCAUCAUUUGAGAUAAAUGACAUUUUGGCAAAUGCGGUUGGGCAAAAGUUAUACCAAAGUACAACUAUCAUGAACGUUUUAUGAACAACUGGAAUGGAAGUGGCAUCAGUUUAAAUUUAGUCCAUCGUAUGCUGCUUUAAGUUAUGACCUUCGCUUAAUGUCUAUUUGACCGUGUGGCCAACUGCAUUUUUUCUUUUAUCGCUCAUAUUGUAGACCUAAUCUCAAUUAGACAAUGCCCAAGGCAGCCAUCGUUCCUGAAAACUAAUUCGCAAAAUCAAUUAUUUAGUUUAAAACAAAAGUGCAUGUGCAUUAAGACACGCAAUAUAUUGUCACAUCACAAGUUUGGUGUCAACAUCUUUGUACAGUGCGCACAUUUAUUUCACUUUCAGCCUUGUAUGUGUGUUACAGAGCACCCAUGCUGUUCCUUUGCAUAAUUUGUUCAUGAAAAGCAGCCAUUUGCAUGUUUGCUUCUUUGCAUUCUUAAAAACGCUUGUGUGCUUUUCGAUGUAGCAUUUGCUGAUGCAUUAGCAUUUGGGGAUGCACUAACGUGGAAUAAUGUGUGAGCAUUUGGUGAUGCACAGACGUCUGGUGGUGCAUUAGCAUUAGCUGGUGCAUUUGCAUUAGCUGGUGCAUUUGCAGAUGCAUUAGCAUUCAGUGAUACAAUGAAUGACUGAUGGAGCUUUGAUGGUGAGCUCUGUACUGACCUUCGCACAAACUCGGGCCGCAGUUUUGAAAAUGCUGAUGCCUUUCGCACUUUUCUUGUGCUUCGUCAGCGGUCAGAAUAACGCAGUGGAUGAUAAGACUGUCAUACAAUUGAGUGGGAAAAUACAGCUACGAAAUAGUGACCUUGAAGUUGGUGCUGGCACUGCUGCUAUUGCCAUCACAUUGAAGCACUGCUUGUGGCUGAAAUUCUGUGGCUGAAGUAGAAGUACCUUUAGCAUGUUUUCGGCAAGUUGUGUGCAGAGAAGUUUUGAGAGGGUGGGCAAGAACAGCAACUUCAGUGCCGGCUGCAGUUUCAUGUUUUUUUUUUUUAGCAAACGAUACAUUAAAACAAAAGUUAUAACUAUGUCAAAAUGUGCUAAGUAUUCUCAUAAAUGUGCCAAAAAAAUCUGUUUUUUGAAAUCCGAACGAUAAAUGGGGUAUUUAAGGUAUAUUGUUAUUUUGAAUACUUUGAAGGCUUGUAAGUGUUUAUAGUGUCGCAUAUGUUUAUGACGACAGUGUUAUGCUGACUUGAGUAUGAUUUUCCUAAAUACGGAUCAACACCUUUUGGAAAUGAAGUGUGCCGGUUGACUUUAACGAACAGAUGAUGCACUGUAGUUUUUAUGUUUCAACAGGGACAGGCGCUGCGAGAUUCCAGCAUUUCAGACGCUACAAAAAACAGCAUUCUAAGUUCGCUGCAAUUCACAAAAAAUUUUUGUAAAUCCGUUCAAGAUCCACUGGGAAAAAAGUUUUUGAUUUACGAUCAACCACUAUACCACCUCUCCAUGGAAGACAUAUUUUUGCCAAUAUGCAAGCUUGGAGACCCGCCAGAGCCAGCAGGUACUCUGCGGUAACUUUGCUUAGCUGCCUUAUCUUGAGCAAUGAGACAUCGCGGACAGAUUUGCUUAACAGCUUUUUUUUUAGGUAUUAGGUUGGUCUGUAGGCCUGUGAAUUGUGCAAAAUAUUUUUUAAAGGUCAUCUACAAUUAAAUUUUGUAAUUCACAACUGCACACAAAGCCGCGUUUCUGAUUGUGUUGCUAAGGGGCAGUCUCUACAUUUAAAGCAACACGUAAAGUAAAUGAUUAAGUUGAGCUAGACCAAUAGAUUAUCAGUGUCGAAGAUUGCUGUCGUUUUCUGUGGGCAAUUAUACCAUUUCUGCUUACAACAAGGUGCCCUUGUCAUCUGUUUUGCCACUGUUUAAAGGCUUCGCAAUUAAAGAAUGGGUCGAUUACAAGCACAGUGGCUUUGCCAAGAUUACUUCAAUAGGAUAUGUACACAUUUGUAAUCAAUUCAACUGCAGGGAAAGUUUGUUGCAGUUGGCCUUUCAGUGCUCUUUAAGCUUACAUUGAAUUCCUUUUAAGCCUGCCUACAGUAGCCAACCUUGUGAUGGCCAUCGCCACAAGCAUUGUGUCUGUCACCCAGAUUCGGUAGACUAAUGGGUACUUCAAUUCAAAUGCACAAAGUGCCCGAAGCACGGUGGUCACUCAGCUUGCCUUUCUCCGAAUAUCUUCAGGUGUCUGUUAUCAAAUGCAGAGAGCAAGUUUUUUUUUUGUCACGCUUAUUAUUUAUCGACACUUGUCACAUGCUUGCACACGCACGCACACAUGGCGUUGCCGGAGGCGCCUCCACGUCCACUUUUGCCUCGGGGAGGUGUUGUAAAUAUACUUCACGAGCCAACGUUUUCGACUUGCCGGCGGAGUGGCCGCUUCUCCCUAGUUAAACAAGUUACAAAUUAAGACGGCUAAAUUAAGAGAAAGCAGAAUGGAGGAGGAAGAGAGUGUUUUAUACGUUUUUCAGAAACUGCACAGAAGAUGGAGACAUUGACUGUGUUCUUGUUUCGUGUUUUUUUUUUUCGUGUUUUUUUAUGUGCAUGUUGUGUUUGAAGUGACGUGCGUGCUGGUGUGAUGUUGGACUUGAGAUGGACUGCUGGACUGAAGGACGGAUGCCUUUGUCAUUGUACAAAAGUGCUGAGAGUGCCUGGAAAGUGUUUGUGAAAGAAUGUGGGAACCUCCGAACAGUUUCAUUUUUCUUGUAAUAAAUAUACGGGAACCUCUUCA